AUGCUCUCCUACGACUCUCCAGUCCCCGCCGGCACAAACGGCCACACCAAUGGCCACGCCUCGUCGAUAACGACCGACCACAAUGGCAGCAUGCCCUCCAUCAGACCGAGGAAACAGACGACCAAGCACCACCACAUCUGGCUGGUUACUGGCCCUGCCGGGAGUGGCAAGACCACCGUCGCCGAGUUCCUCGCCGACAAACUUCACCUCCCAUACAUCGAGGGAGAUGCCCUCCACACAAAGGCCAACGUCGAGAAGAUGAGGAACGGCACCCCCCUCAACGACGCCGACCGGUGGGACUGGCUCACCCUCCUCCGCGACGAGUCGACCCGGCGCAUCGCCUCCGGCUCCGAGGGUGUCGUGGUGACCUGCUCGGCCCUCAAGCGCAAGUACCGCGACGUCAUCCGCGUCGCCGCCUACUUCGACCCCCUGAUCCGCGUCCACUUCAUCUUCCUCGACGCCUCCGAGGACGAGCUGCUCCGCCGCGUCGCCAGCCGCAAGGGCCACUACAUGGGCGCCAACAUGGUCCGCAGCCAGUUCGACAUCCUCGAGCGGCCGGGGCAGGACGAGGGCGACGUCAUCAGCGUCGACGUCGGGCGGUCCCCCGGUGAGGUGGCCGAGGAUGCGCUGAGCCGCGUGCACAAGAUCAUCAGCAGUGACCGGUCAUAUUGA